AUGAAAGCCGUCCCCCUUUUCGCCUUGGUCCCCCUCCUCCUUUUCGCAAUUCUCCUACGCGUAAAAUGCAUUAAAAAAACUCUCCACAGGAGGUACCCACAUUUGGGAUACCCCCGGAACAGUUAUCACAAGGGAAAAAGUGGUGACCAUGAAUAUGCCUUCAUUGGGAUUGCAAAAAGAAAAUAUGAUUUGUCACAUUUCAAGAAAAAUAAAAUAUUUCCCAAUGACCAACAUGUUGUGAAAAAACAGAACACUGUGCAUGUCUUAAAUUUACACGAUUGGGAAAAUGGAAAGGGACAAGUGAAGAACAAUCAUUUAAAUAUGAAAGAAAAAAACUGGUGGAGUAAAAUAACAUCCAACUUAUUAAUAUUUAAGAGAAAUUGCCUGACCAAAUUCCUCUGCGCGGGUACCUUGUGUUUAGUCCUCUACCCAGUAUACACCUUUUUAGUCAACAAAAAAAUUGAACUUGCAAUUACGAAUAUUUUCAAAGAGAAUUUUCUGUGUGUGGAUAUUCCCAAAAAAAUAAAAAGAUAUUUUUUUUCCAUUUCGUUUAGUGAAUUCAGAUCCUCUCCUUUUUUUUUGUCCACAAUUUUGGUUGCAUCCUACUCCCUGUACAUCAUUUUUAAGGUUUAUAUAGAAAAAAAAAGAGAGGCCAUACGGAUGAAGUCUGCAAUUGAAAGUUACAACAAGAGUAGGGACGAGUAUAUAAAUACGGGCAGGGAUUCUUCAGAGAGCAGUGGCCAAGACGAGGAUUAUUUCGGUUACGUGGAUGAGGGGGGCGAUUUUGACAAGGACCCAUACUGA